GCGUGUAGUUAGUAUUCUCAAACGACGGCGAGAGGCUGCGUGCUCGUUAUGGAUUUGAGUUAGCCUACCUGUAGACUGGCUGAACACUACAUCUUUAACUUAUUUCAUAAAUCCGAGGAGUGGGCGAUGCUGAAGAAAAACUGGCCAAAGUUCGCUAUCUCGAGAGAGAAUUGAGACCCGCUGGUGUAGGAGAAACGUCGACGGAAGGAGUACAGCGACACCGCUAAAAGAGAGAGAGGGGGAGAGAUACUAAAGGUCUGUUGGGAAUUUAAAACUGAGUAGUGUGCGCCGGUAAAGAUGGAUGGAAAUGGUGCGGGUCCGAGAAAAAACGCUCAGAAUCACGAUGCCAAAGGAUCUGGUAAAACCUUUUUGGUUCACAACCGCUCUGGAAAUCACCUUCCAGAGCAAGAGCAGCAGUCUGCAAUGAAGGGGGAUGAAAAGUACAGCCCCGUACCCCUCUCAGAGAAAGGGGUGGACAUCAUUAACAUCAAGGGCAUCGAGGACAUAGGAGAUGUCCAGCAGGAUUCCAUCCUGCUCAACUCCCUGACGCCCGAGGAGAGCGCGCAAUGCCGGCAGGGCCUCUACUUCCAGGACGGCCAGCGGCGGGUGGACUACGUGCUCACCUACCAUGUGAAGAAGCCGAGUGGCUCGCGCUCUCGUCGCCACUCAUCACGGCUCACCGACAACGCACUCGCCCGAAGCCUGCGCCGUAGCCUGGAGCGGAGCCUGCGGCGCAGCCGGGCGCCGCCACCACCAAGGGACGACCCCGAGGUCGCUGCACAGGAGCACAGCCUCGACUACCACGAGGAUGACAAGCGCUUCCGCCGUGACGAGUUUGAGGGCAACCUGCGUGAGAUGGGGCUGGAGCUGGAGAAGGCCGAGGACACCAAAACACCUGGGGUGGGAUAUGUGAAGAUACAUGCCCCAUGGCAUGUUCUUUGCCGAGAGGCCGAAUUCAUGAAGCUGAAGAUGCCCACGAAAAAAGUAUAUGAGGUGAAGCAGGGAAGCAAUCUGGUGGAGAAGAUCAACGCGUUCAUCCACAAAGUGACAGAACCUCUGCACCCGAAAGUGGAGGAGAACAGGACACAACAUGUCAAGCACCUUUCCUACCCCUUCUCCAGAGAAAAGCAGCAUCUGUUUGAUUUGUCAGACAGAGACUCCUUUUUUGACAGUAAAACCAGGAGCUCAAUAGUUUUUGAAAUAUUGAAACGCACAAAAUGCACAAGAGCGAAAUACAUCAUGGGAAUCACCAGCCUGCUUGCUAAUGGGGUUUACAUGGCUGCUUAUCCUUUACAUGAUGGAGACAUAGACGGUGAAAAUGUAGAUCCCAACGACAGGAAGCUCUUGCGUGAAGAGUGGGCAAGUUACAGUGUCUUCUACAAGUACCAGCCUAUUGGACUGAUCAGGAAAUACUUUGGGGAGAAGAUUGGCCUUUACUUCGCCUGGCUGGGGGUGUACACCCAGAUGCUUAUCCCCGCCUCGCUGGUGGGGGUCAUUGUGUUCCUGUAUGGUUGUGCCACCGUGGAUGACGACAUUCCCAGCAUGGAGAUCUGUGACUCAAGGCAUAACAUCACCAUGUGUCCGUUAUGCGACCGGGCCUGCAGCUACUGGAAGCUGAACACAGCCUGUGGCACAGCGAGGGCCAGCCACCUCUUUGACAACCCUGCCACUGUCUUCUUCUCCAUCUUCAUGGCCCUGUGGGCGGCCAUGUUCAUGGAGCACUGGAAGAGAAGGCAAAUGAGGCUGAACUACAUCUGGGAUCUGACCGGCUUUGAGGAUGAGGAGGAAGCGCUGAAGGACCACCCACGUGCAGAAUACGAGUUCCGUGUCAUGCAGAAAUCACUGAGAAAGGAACGAAAGUCUCACAAGAUCUCGAAGCCUCCGGAGAUAGUGGAGGAGCCCACAAACAAAUGGAAGGAGACUGUUCAAACAGCCAUGGCUGGGCUCAAGCUGACAGAGAAAGAAAAGCUAACUUGCAGAGACAGACUUCCCGCCUAUAUGACCAACUUAGUAAUGAUGUUGUUAAUGAUUGGCGUGACCUUUGCCAUCGUGUUCGGCGUCAUCCUGUACCGGAUCUCCACCAAGGCCGCCCUGCAUAUGAGCUCCAACCCCACCACCCGCUCCAAUGUGCGGGUGACCGUCAAGGCCACCGCCGCCAUCAUCAACCUGGUGGUCAUCCUCAUCUUAGAUGAGGUGUAUGGGGCAAUCGCCCGCUGGCUCACCACACUCGAGGUGCCAAAGUCUGACAAGAGUUUUGAGGAGAGACUGAUCUUCAAGACAUUCAUCCUGAAGUUUGUAAAUGCCUUCACCCCUAUUAUUUACAUAGCUUUCUUCAGGGGCAGGCUUGUUGGUCGUCCAGGAAGUUAUCUGUAUGUUUUCGAGUCUUACCGCAUGGAGGAGUGCGCGCACGGGGGCUGCCUGAUGGAGCUCUGCAUCCAGCUCAGCAUCACCAUGCUGGGCAAGCAGCUCAUCCAGAAUAAUCUGUUUGAGAUUGGCAUCCCGAAACUGAAAAAGCUGAUAAGGUACAUCAAGUCAAAGAGGGGCACCUUCCAGGAGGAGGAACAUGAUAAGAAGUUGCAGCGCUACGAGACAGACUAUUUCCUGGAGCCUUUCUCUGGCCUCACCCCUGAGUACAUGGAGAUGAUCAUCCAGUUUGGCUUUGUGACCUUGUUUGUGGCCUCCUUUCCCCUGGCACCGCUGUUUGCCCUGCUGAACAACAUCAUCGAGAUUCGUCUGGACGCAAAGAAAUUCGUGGCGGAGCUCAGGAGACCAGUAGCUGCGAGAGCAAAAGACAUUGGUAUCUGGUACAAUAUCCUCAGAGGGGUCGCCAAAGUGGCAGUUAUCAUCAACGCGUUUGUGAUCUCGUUCACCUCAGACUUCAUCCCGCGUCUGGUCUACCAGUACAUGUACAGUCCGGAUGGCUCCAUGCACGGCUUCGUCAAUCACACUCUGUCCUACUUCAACGUCAGCGACUUCCAGAAAGGCAAGGAGCCAGUGGAUCCCUUGUUUCUGGGCCACCAGGUUGAGAUCUGCAGGUACAAAGACUACAGGGAGCCUCCAUGGUCGCAAACGCCAUAUGAAAUCUCCAAGGAAUUCUGGGCUGUGCUGGCAGUCCGGUUAGCCUUCGUCAUUGUUUUCCAGAAUGUGGUGAUGCUGAUGAGUGACAUCGUGGACUGGCUAAUCCCAGACAUCCCCAAGGACAUCAGCCUGCAGAUCCACAAAGAAAAGAUCCUGCUGGUGGAGCUCUUCAUGAAGGAGGAGCAGGGCAAGGCACAGAUUGCGGACAGCAUGGGCCCGCGGGGCGGGAAGGACAGCUGCAACAACCACAGCCCUGCAGCCCGGCCGCGCUCUGCCACACACGCGCACACGCACGACAGCGGCGUCUAGCACCGCCUGCCCCUCCGCCCGCAUGAUCGCCCGUCCACUCGCUCCUCCACCCACGCCCUCGCCGUCACCCUUGCCCGGACAUUCCACAGAACGAGAGGUGCUCCUGCAGAGGAGGCGGGGCAGCGCUGGCGACCGCUGCAGCCGGCUACUCUUUCUGCUAUCACUUCACCCCACUGCCAAUCACAGCCAGGUCACACGCACAUUUCAAAAGCUGUGAUCUCACCAGAGAUGGAGACUGAGAGGGGGUAUUUGUUUUUCUUUUUGCACAAAUGCAGGGAAACAAUUUUUUUAAUCCAGUUUGUC